AUGAGCGAAAAGCACGAAAUUGAGCAGCAGCCUAGCUCAAGCUUCGUUGCUGGCAGGACUGAAGAAAAAACGACCGGCAAUGUCGAAAUUGAGGAGCAGGUUCACCAUGAGCACGUCGAGGAGAUCUCGCCCGAGCUCGAGGCUCUUCUCCAGACGGACCCCCUCACCGGCUUGACUGACGAUGAGGUCGAGCGCCGCCGCGAGACCUUCGGUCGUAAUGAGCUGAUCGAGAAGAAGCGCCACCCAUUGUUCAAGUUCUUGAGCUACUUCACUGCAGACUGGCCCGAUUUUGGUAUUAUCCUUGCGCUGUUGAUUAUCAAUGCUACGAUCGGUUUCGUCGAGGAGGCCAAGGCCGAGUCGGCUUUGGAUGCCCUCAAGCAGACUUUGGCCCUGAAGACCCGCUGCUGGCGUAACGGACACUUGGUCGAGCUCGACACUGCCGACCUCGUUCCCGGUGAUGUGAUUGUUCUCCGUCUCGGUGAUAUUAUUCCUGCCGAUGGCCGUCUUCUUGGUAUCGGUGCCACUGGUGAGGCCACCGAAGGUGAUCUU